CCUUCAUUUCGAUACAAUCCAGUUGUGAUAAGGCUACCCCCGGUGACCGAAGGACAGGCUAGCUAUCAAUCAACAAGCUCCCACGGUCUCCGAAGGUUACGCAGCCGCCCUCUUCCCUUUUGAAUAGAAAUAGCGCCGUAAGAGGGAAGGAAGAAAAAUAGAGGACUGCAGGUAACAGACAACGAAUCGACGUAAUAAAUCUGUCAGCAUUUAGCAUUUCGUUGUUUGGUUGUUUUGCCCCUGUCCUUUGGUUGGUUGAGUCGUGGAAAUUCCCCUUUGCGGCGAUGUUUGUAUCGCCCUCGCCGCUGCCCAAGGCCGAGGCCGAGAAGGAGCGGCUGGUCUGGUACUUGGCUUAUGGAUCGAACCUUUCGGCCAAAACCUUCCGUGAAGAUCGCGGCAUGACACCGCGGGCGGCUGUUGCCGUUAAGGUCGCUGGCUGGCGGCUGGCCAUGUCCAGUGCAGGAUUCCCAUACCGGGAGCCGUGCUAUGCCUCCAUCACCAAGUACAAGCCAGCGACGGAGAAGGCAGUGGAGAACGGCGUCGACGACGACGAGGUCCUCUGUGGAACGGCCUACUUAAUAACGUGGGCGCAAUGGAUAGAGAUCAUCGGUUCAGAAGGGGGCGGAAUUGCCUACGACGAGGCUCUGGUGGCCGCGCAGCCAGUCCAUCCAGCCCACCGCCAGCGCUGGGGGGAUCAAAUACGUGUCUUGACGCUGGUCAGUACCAUGGAACGGUGGCCGGAAGCUCGACCCACAGAACGAUAUCUUGUGAGUCUCAUAUUUUCUUUCUUCCCUCCUUUUCUCUCCGUCUCGAAGUCCUGGCGAUCAACACAAAAUAAGCUAACAUUCCUGCCUCCCCGCUCUCGAUCCUUCAAGGGUCUUAUUCUUGAUGGGGCCCAGGCCGCGAACUUUCCACCAUCCUACAUUGAGCGUAUUCGCCAAAAGUAUCCCUGCUAUCAGCCGCCGUCCACAGCGUGGGAGCGCAUGGGGGCAGCUAUCUUCCUGGCCUUCUGGACUCCCGUCAUGUCUCUGCUCAGCACUCUCACCCACUCCACUGCACGCACCGGGCCGGGCAAAGACGGCCACGUUCCUCCUGCAGUGCGGGCCCUAGUCCGCUUCGCCAUGCUGGCUAUGUGGUGGCUCCAUGAUACAAUAUGGGCAGGCAUCUGGGGACGAGGAGACGGCUUAGAUCAGUGAAGAGAUGAGGCAAGACAAGUCUAUUUUCAUUUUUCCACCAUACUUUCAGCGUAUUGCAGCCUGCUCGCAGCGUAUUCUCGUAAAUGCUUGAUGCCCGGUCGAUCACUGAACCGGUGAUCAUGUAGGCGGUAAACGUUUUGAAUCGGCCUACAGCCCUGCUCCUGGACCAAGGUUAAACAUGCAUCCUCAUGUAUCUCACAGUGUAGCCUGCGUAUCACGUUAGUCAACUAGUUAGCAGCAGAAGCAACGCCGUCUCCAAGAACCAAAGAGAGAUGAAGUUGAAGUUGAAGUUGAAAUUUGAAGCUGGAAAAAAAGAAAUUCAGGAUCGACGUUUAGCCUGCUUAGUCACCGAUUUCCUAUUUGGGGAAUCUUGACGACUGCCUUCAGCUUCUGCAUAUUUCUCGCUUAACUCGCAGCAAAACAAACGGCCAGCAGG